AAACUAAACCCAGCGUUAACAAACUCCGAGUUUGGCCACUACUGCCAUUCCCGGAGUGGAUUUAAUAGAGGGAUGCACCCUCCGCGAAACCAACUAGGCCAAAUACACCUUGUAGCAACGAACGUCUAAAGUUCAGUAGGAUACAGAUAAAGAGUCAGACAUCAGCGUGUGAUGGAAGUUCGCUUUGGACAUGUGCCGCUCUCCCUUACGCACAGGCACGGCGGGGUGAACCAGCUCGGCGGAGUCUUCAUUAACGGACGCCCGUUACCGCACGUGGUGAGACAACGCAUUGUGGAGUUCGCUCAACGGGGCGUGCGUCCCUGUGAGAUCUCCCGCCGCCUACGCGUCAGUCACGGCUGUGUCAGCAAAAUACUGGCCAGGUACAAUGAGACAGGGAGCAUCAGACCAGGAGUCAUUGGAGGCUCUAAGCCCAAAGUGGCCACUCCCAGAGUUGUGCAAAUGAUCCUGAGUCUGAAACUCACCAACCCCACCAUGUUUGCCUGGGAGAUCAGAGACAGGCUGCUGCUGGAACGAGUGUGUGACCAUGACAGUGUGCCGAGCAUCAGCUCCAUCAACAGGAUCAUCAGAAACAAAGUCCAGUCUGAGACUUGUGAAGUUGUAUCAUCCCCAUCAUCUGUUGCCAUGGUAAUGACCCGUUCAUCUGAGCCCUCCUAUUCCAUCAGUGGGAUUCUGGGAAUCAAGAAAUGCAUCAAACAUAAGGAAGGUGGGGACAUCUCCUGCAGCGUGUACCACAACCAGCCACGUUCCUGUAAUGAUACCUGGGGACAGUUCGACCCCUGCUUGACCCUUUACCCUGGCCUACCUGCUAAUCAUAAUCCAAACCUGUUAGGGCCUCCAUGUCAUUACAGCUGAACAGAAGGAACACUAUCCUUUUUGACAUCAAUCUAAGAACCUAUAUCACAGCUGCAAGGAUGUUAAAAUAAAGCU